AUGGCAGCCAUUGAAUACAUCAAGACCACUCAGAACCAAGAAAGGGGACUGAUGAAUGAGUGCAAUCGUCUUCGCGAUGCUUCGGACUACGCUCGCGACGCACAAUCGACAAUCAAGAACCUUCAAACAGAAAUUGCUGUCAUGCAAGAACGUCUCAGAUUGGUGGAGCCUGGCAACCCACACAUCUACGGUGCAUACACCUCGGAGAUAUCACAAGCCCACGCCCAAGCUCAGGCCAACGGUCAACCUCGUCAAUUCUCUCUGCCAUCGAUGAAUGCUGUGCCUCCACCUCCGCAGCACUACAACGCGUCCACCACGGCCGCCCAAGGAAUGCAAGGUGUAGAGUACGGCAACGCUCCCAGACACCAUUAG